AUUUGGGCAAUUAGCAUAAUUGUUUGUCUUCCCAUGCUCCCCUUCGGUCUUAGCUUUGUAUUUCUAACAUAAGCCUUUCGCCUAAUUUGCAUUAAUUGGAGACGGUAGUAUCCAUUUAUCUCAAGUAUCCAGCUACGUAGAGGUGAAUUCACUUUCGCGUCGCUUCGGGGCUUAUCGGUCCUUAUUAAAAAACACUUGCUUCUUGAAGUAGGAUCAGCCAAGAUGAAUCGCAAAGAGGAGAAAGUAAUCAAUCUUAAUGACAAACAGGAUAAAGACAUGUUGACGUCAUCAGACGAUACGCCAAUGACAGUCGAUGACAUCAUGGAGAAGAUAGGCAGUUUUGGUCGGUACCAGGCACGACUCUUCAUGAUCAUGGGAUUCAUGAAAAUAUUUGGUGAUGGAUUCCAGGCAAUGAUUCCUACAUUUAUUGCUGCUGAACCUCCGUGGCAAUGCGUCGAGAACAGCACCGCCUGUAACGUCACCGGCAACAUAUCACCAGGGAACAAWUUCUACAGUCUUAGAUGUAGCUUGCCUCGUUCUGAUUGGGAGUUUGUUAAAAGUGAAUUCACUUCCAUCGUAUCUGAGUGGGAUUUGGUAUGCGAUCGCUCUAGCCUAGGCAGUCUUUCCAAGAGUGUGGUGUUCGCUGGUUACAUGAUAGGGGUACUGUUUGGAGGGAUUCUCUCGGAUAAGUUAGGAAGAAAACCCAUGGUGUAUUUUCCAUCGGUACUGUGUAAUGUGCUUGCAUUGAUUUCCUCGUUCGUGAAUGCGUUUUGGGUGUUUACAUUGCUUCGGGGGUUUAUAGGGAUUUGUAUUGGGAGCUCAAGUUUGUCAAUGUUCAUUCUCUUGCUGGAGUAUGUAAAUCCUAAACAGCGUGCAUUCAGUGGGACUAGUCUCUGGUACUUCUGGACUUUCUCUCUGAUGCUACUUUCAUUAUUUGCAUGGAUUUUCAAGGCGGAGUGGCGACUUUUGUCGAUUGCUGGUGCAACUCCUGGCUUGCUGCAAGUAUUCUUUUGGUGGUUUCUUCCCGAAUCCCCUCGUUGGUUGAUGGUAAACGACAAGUCAGAACAAGGAACAAAGUAUCUCCGUGAAGUUGCAAAGUUUAAUCGAAAAGCCAUGCCUCCUAAUCCUGUUGUAGUGGUGACCACCAAGCAGCGUGUUGGGGACUUCAGAGAUUUGUUUCGAUCGUUAAAGAUGGUGCAUACGACUCUUAUUAACUGGCUUUGCUGGGUAGUUAUUUCUAUGAUCUACUAUGGCGUCUCAUUCGGUACUGGAAGCUUUGGCGGCAAUUUUUAUCUCGUGUUCUUUCUCACAUCCAUCGUGGAAAUCCCUUCACAUUUUACUUCCUUCAUUCUCAUGAACAGGAUUGGUCGUAAAAAGACCAACUUCCUGGGUCUCAUGGUUGCGAGUUUUGCUGCCACGUGUGCUGUCCUUCUUCAAAAAGAUAAUUCUGAAACAGGUUUCCUUGUCGGUCGCAUCAUCAUGGCCAUGACAGCCAAGUUCUUUAUCAACAUGUCAUUCGCUACAAUCUACAUCUUCUCUGCAGAACUUUUUCCCACUGUCGUCAGGAAUGUUGGCAUGGGGUCAUCGUCAGCAGUUGGACGUAUUGGGUCUAUCUCUGCACCUUUUAUCGUUUGGCUGGUUCGCAUUCACGUGUUAUUGCCGUACUCGAUCAUGGCUGUCACGGCCUUCCUCACAGGAUUGGCUUGCCUUACUCUUCCGGAAACAACGAAUGCACCAACCGCUGAAGCUUUUGAAAAGAAAAAAUCUCCACUGAUAGACAACUGUGAAAAAGAAGAGAAAGUAUAGAAGCAGAUAUACUGCCUGGACAUUAUUCCACCCUUUUUUGGAAUUACACGACCAACACAACCCCAGAUACAUACAGUGCCUCGUGAUUCAAGAUGACUAAAAAUUUCAAACUGAAUUUUUUGACACAAUGGCAAAUGUUCCACUCGUGGGAAUUUUGCUGUUUAAAAAUUCAAAAAAUACCCAAUAUUUUGGUUUAAUAUUUUUAGAUUUUACUAAAUACAAGAAUUGCCUUAUGAUUUGAAGACCCUUUUUUUUUUGAAUUUAUAUUUUUCAAGGAAAAUAUAAUCUCAAAGACAAUAAAACUCUUCUUUUUACAAAA